AUGGCAUCUCUUUCAAUCGAUAAUGGAUUACAUAAUAAGUAUAAUGACAUCUCUCACACGAUAUAUUCAGAUAAUAAUAUAACAACUUGUGAAGAUAAAUCAGUUGUUGAAUCAAUGACUGAUCAUUUAAAAUGUUCAAAUUCAUUUAAUAAUCCAAUUGAUUCCAAUGGAAUUAUUGAUCUUAAACAUUUUCGUCAAUUAUUAAAACCUGAAACAAGACUUGUUACUACAAUCCAUAGUAAUAAUGAAAUUGGUUCAAUUCAAUCGAUUGAAGAACUAGUUAAUUUAUGUCGUGAAUAUGGUUCCUUUGAUGUUAUUAUUUACAGUGAUGCAUUACAAUCAAUGGGAAAACUUCCAAUAGAUGUAUCACGUUUCGGUGUUGAUUUAUUGGCCGUAUAUUCACAUAAGUUUCAUGAAUUGAAAUGUAUUGAUGCUCUUUAUAUUCGUUAA